CUGGCUACCUAUUUGUCAUUGUAAGUAGGGUACCAGGGACUGUAGUGAGACUUGCUAGUGUGGAGAUGGCAGAAGCACUACUAGCUACAUCGCUCUUGUGUGUUCAUGGUUUGGAUCAGAAGUUAUAUCCAGGCUUCUGGAUUGCAUGCUCCUAUUUGACCCCUAUUAUUUGAUUAGGUUGAUUUGAAGAAACUGUGGAUAAUGUGAUAUCGAGUGUCCUUGUCAUGUCUAGUUGAUGGAAGUGAGAGUGGGUGUGUGUGUGUCGGGGGGGAUACAUUUCUAGAGCUCCUGGUAGUGGAUUGAAGGGAGAGAGAGAGAGAGUUUGGCACUGAGAGAGUUUGAGUCAGUGAGAGGGAAAUAUACAUUAGAUGGGAGAAGUAGGGAGAGCGGAACAGAGAGUCCUGAGAACUUUCCAUUUGCAUCCAUUCUGAGUCAUCAGAACUCUGCGACACGAUCGUUCUGCAUUGCAGUUGCCAUGGUAUCCUCGUUUCCAGGAUAUGGCGGCACCAGGUCUGCCAUACUUAGUCUCUGAUUGAGGGGGAUUGGAUGGGAGUGGAGGGGGGCUUAGCCUCGCCUGGCAACAAAGCAGCUCCACUUCUACUCAAAUUUGUGCAAGUAAGUGAAGAAAAAAGAGAUAAAUCAGAUAAAUCAAUCAAAAGACAACACAAGACAAAGAGAAAAGAGAGACCGUAUCAGGGAUAACAGAGGGAGCAGCAGACAGAAUGGGCGAGGAUCAUCAUCACCCAUCAUCCACCAGCAGCUUCAGGACCAUGUAGGACUGGGACCAACAAUACUACAACAGGGAGUGACACGCAUGCGCAUCAAAGAGAAAUACACUCCUAUUGUUGGCGUAGAGAAUAGUUCUUGAAUCGCUUCCAAUACCCGCAACGCACAGACAAGUUGUCGCUGCACCGCCUGGAAUCCACAGGUUUCUCACGGCUUUUUUGAUGCCGAAGCUCCGGAUUCACAGUACAAGAUAGCAGAGUUUCCCCCCAAGAACCAUCGGUACAAACGUCCACUAUGCUAACCAGAGCAGUAGUGCGUUCUCUAAUUCUUCUGGUUGUAGUUGUCCACCCCAGCCAGUUGGUGUGUGUGGAUUUGGAGUCAGAGACGAAUGCCGUUGUGGGGAACCCCAUGAAGCUGAUGUGUAUCUCCUGUAUGAAGAGAGAGGAGAUCACCCCUAAGACAGAGGUGGAGUGGUCCUAUGAACCUCCCGGACAGAAGCCAAUCACUAUCUACCGGUAUAAUGAAGGUCCUCUUGCGGUGGAGGGGCCCUGGCAUGGCCGCCUGCUGUGGAAUGGCAGCAAGGACCUCCAGGAUGUCUCCAUCAGCAUCAGGAACGUCACACUCAAUGACACGGGGAACUACAAGUGCCUGGUCUCCCGGCAGUUUGUGUUUGACUCCUACAAGCCCUUGUUCAGUCACAGCAAGGUAAUCCAUCUGGUCGUCAGAGAAGAAGCCAUGGAGGACACUGCAGCGCUGUACUCUGAGAUCAUGAUGUAUGUGCUGCUGGUGUCCCUCACCUGCUGGCUCCUGGUGGAGAUGGUCUACUGCUACAGGAAGAUCUCCAGGUCGGACGAGCAGACACAGGACAAUGCGUUCUGACCAAUCAGACAGACCUUUUGCUAUCACUUGACGGAACACUAAGGGCCAGGGGACAGAACAUUUUGUGAUGUCAUUUAGAACUCCCAUCAGCCAUGAAGGCAACCAGGAAGUCUGCCAAAUCUUUCCUGUGAUUGGUUGAGUGCAGGGGGGUGUUCCAGCCAAAAUCUCAAGUGCUUAUUUACUCUCAAGAACUUUCACUUGCUUCACCGUCAUCCCAAAAAAGCUAAAGACAAUUUCAAAAAUUACUUUUGUUCAAAUAAUGAAUAAUGGAUACAUUUUCUUUUUCUCUCUUUUUUAUCAAUAUGUGGGACAUGAUUUGACGUUUUUGCUUUUUGGUUUGUUUAUCUUUACACUUUUGAUACAAUGAGUUUUUUAGGUCAAAUGUUUUGUUUGACUUGUUUGAGUUUUUACAGAAAAUGGAUUUGCAUACAUUUUAUAUAGGUGGAACAUUCCUGACAUUUGUACCGAGAGACAAUGUUUUUAUGCCCACAAGGUAUUACACAAUGAAGUUAUUCCAAGACAAUACUACACACACACUGUAUAACACAUUACAAAUGUGUAAUGUGUCCACGGUUUGAAUGUCAAAUGUAUCCUCCAAUAAGUCUCCUCUUGUCAGCACGCUCCAUAAUAACCAACCUGCCUUUUUAUAUUUGUUUUUGCUUUUUUCAUAAUAUAAGAUUCAGACAUGAGGGCUUGUUUUGCUAUUGUCUGCAAAGCCAGUCAUAUUGCUGUAAAGGCAAACUGUGUUUCUAGUACUCUAGUGACUGUAAAUGUAUAAGCUUGUGUGCAAUAUGUCUCAGAGGGUCUCUGUGUGCUUCCUGAUUCAUGCAACUGUGGAACACAGUAAGCUCUUUCCAUUGUGCCGUUAUUAAAACAAU